AUGGGACAAGAUCUCUUCCGCUGGGACGAAGGCGGUGUCUUGAAACACCACUGUCCAAUCUGCUCAACGCCGCUCUCGCACGACAAAUGCAGAACCACCUGCCUCGGCAAGCACGUCGAGUGGUGCCACCGGUACCACUCCCUCUUCCGAGUGAAUUGGGCUUCUCGUUGCGCCGCCUGUAAGACCGCCGACGAGCAGCAUGAAAAGAGGCACCGGGAUAUCGCCGAGAUCCUCCACAGGAUCAAACAGCUCAGAGCCGAGAAAGAAGCCGCAGCUCUGGCCCUGAGCACUCCAAGAGCUCCCAGGAUCCUCUUGACCGCCGACGCUCUCCAGAACAUCGCCGACCCUGCAACUCUGACCCCGAGUAGCAGCACACCAAAGGCUACAAAGAAGGAGAAAAAGGCGGCAAAGAAGGCGGCCAAAGCGUUGGAGCGGGACAAGGUUGUGACGACCGCAGACAUCGAGCGUGUUGCAGAGCUCCUUCAUCCAGAGCCAGAGAAAGAGGCGGUGAAAGCAGAAGAUGAGGGCGAAGGCACGCCUGAAGAUGAGGACAUCAAAUGGAACCUCAGCUUCAACUACAGUACCUUCAACACCAAGUCCCUCCGCCACGACUACAUCGCCAGAGAUCGCACCGACCAGUACGAGGUUUCCGAGGACCAGGUCAGGUCCAUCCUGGAGAAGAUGGAGGUCAACACCAACGUAAAUGGCAAGGAAGGCGAGCUCAUCGUGGAUUUGAUCAAGGCCAUCAAGAGUGACCUUCAAUGCUUUCACGAGGAGCUCGAGACCACUGCUAGAAGCAAGGCUGGCUUCUGGCGUUGGGCCAACAAGAAGCAUUAUCGUGCUCUCAUGGAUCGUGGCAAAGAGUGGGAUGAUAAGCACAAGCCCAUCGAGAGGAAGGAUUCUGAUGCCGCUUUGGAGGAGAGAAGAGGCAGCAGUGAUGAUCCUGACCCAAAUGCCGCACACGAGGAGGAUGAUGACAGCGGCGAAAGCUCUCGCCGCAGCAGCGUCAACGUCCCCAGUCUCACCAACUCAGCUGGCACCGUCGACGAAACCGUCUUGACUGCUCCAUUCAUCCUGCAGGAUCCAGAUGCAUCAAAGGCACUUGCUGCUCUCGGCCUCGACGCACCCAAAAAGCUUGAGACGCCGAAGAAGACCCCGGCCAAGACACCACAGAAGAACCUUCCAGCCGAAGACGAGUGGACCCAAGUCGGCAAGAAGCCUCUCAAGUUAGCAAAGCCAACGAAGGGCAGAAUCUCUCUCUCCGGUAACGGCGGUCUGAAGCAUCUUGCACCAACCAAGCCGAAGGGUACAUUCGGCGUGCUUUCGUGGGCAGAUACUGCUAAGGGACAGUAG